CAACUGCCAUUUUCUGUUCCCUCUCUGCACAAAAUCACUGUUUGAGGGAAGAAGCAGGAGAAAAACCCACCUCAAACCCUAUCAAUUUCUUAUUUGAAUUCCUUUCAACCUCUUCUUCACUUUGAUUGUCGAAUCCACUCAUGUCUUGCAGAGUUUCAUCAACAACAAUUAAUUUAAUUGAUAAUGGCGGAUCGGUUUGACAAGUAUAUGGAUUUUGAGAAGUCUUCUUUUUCCCGAAACACUAUCGAUGAUUACGAGGAGGAGGAUGAGGAGAUGGGAGGGGAUUACGGGGAGUAUGAACUGAACAAUUUUGAGAGCGACGAGAAAUCGGAAGAGUUGGCGUGCCCGUUUUGCUCUGAGGAUUUUGAUGUUCUUGGAUUGUGCUGCCACAUUGAUGCCGAUCACCGGAUAGAGAUAUGUCCUUAUUGUAUGAUAAAAGUGAGGAUGAACAUGGCUUCACAUGUAAUCACACAGCACGAAGAUGUAUUGAAGAUAUCCCUUCAAGGCAUUUUAGUAUUAUAUACUACAUUGUUGUGUUGUGACCUUAACUCGACAAACGCACUGUGCAUCAAGAAGUAUUGGAAUACUCGGUCUCGUUCAGCAUUAUUUCAGUUCAGAAAAGAGUUGCAGAAGAAACAUUUGCAGUCUAUAAAGGAGUCUUCCUGUGUAGGAUCUUCCUCUAAUGCAGAAACUGAUUCCAAGCUACUUUCAUUCGCCAAUAGUCCACGCCGUGCUAGCAAACAUCAAACCACAAAAGAUGCUUCUUCAACUAAAUCCAGAGUAACAUUGUUGGACAUUUCAAAAGAUGUUACCAUAGACAGAAUACAACCAAUCCCAUCGAAAGACUGGCAUAAAGAGAGGGCCAGCCGGUGCAAUUUUCUACAGGGACUAGUAUUAUCGACCAUUUUGGACGAUUUAUGAACACCUGUAUCUGCCCGAAGCUUUGUUCGAGUGAAGGGCACUUUCAAACAUCAGUUGCUGUUCCUGGCGGUAGUUCAUCAACAUGUCUAAGCACAAUCAAUUUCUCAACCCUACUAUCAUUUGUGCCUGUGUAUUGUGAGCCAUUGAUGAGAUUAAAAACUUUCCUACUGCAGAAAUUUUUUAAUGUAUCAAUUAACCUGACAAAAGGCCAAAUGAUAGUAGGGUUGAGAAAUUGGGUCAGUGAGUGGUGAGGAGCAGUUGGGAGCUUAUACAAUCUAUUAACCUGAUUUAUUUCUCCUCUGUAGUUUGUAUAAUGUUGCAUUGGAACGAGAUAUACCCCUUUACUUUGGCUGGAAUUUUCCUUUUAUCAAUAAAACAUGAUGAAUAUUGCAAUA